ACAGCGCCCACCCUGCUGUCAUUUCACCGUGUUCUCCUGGAAGGCUGUUUGUGUUUGUGGGAGGAGGAGAAGGUCCGAGCAGCAGCCAUGAGAGCUCUUCCUCCAUCUGACGGAUACUUUCACUGCCUCCUCUGACCAAACUACAUCUUAGCAAACCAAAGAUGUCAGCGUGCAGUGACUUUGCAGAACACGUGUGGAAACCUGGCUCUUGCAAGAACUGCUUCCACCCACUAAGUGCGCACAACACAGUAGGCGUCUUGGAUGGUAGUGUGCCAGCAGCUUGUUUGAAGAACAACCUGGGAGGCGAUGAAGAAGUUGGACUGACUGCACUUUCGUCUUACAGCAAGCCAACCAUCGCUGUCAAGCCCACUAUGAUGAGCUUUGACAUCAGUGAGCCAAAAGACAUAAACAUGAACAUAGAGCAGCAGGACAAUACAAAGAGCCCAACUGAGCGGAUGGGCUUGAAGAAGCUUCUAAACAUGUCUCCACUUUACAUUGAUAAUAAUGGCUGCAACAAGGCCCAUAGAAAUGCUGUACUUCAAAGUCCUGAAGCCAAGAUUGACUACAACAACUGCCUUUCAUUGUCCCCCAGUAUUCUGCCCAAAGACUCCAUGAUCAUCAGCAAUAUUUUAGUCAGCCAGGAGGAAGGUAAAGGUUCUCAGAAUUUAAAGAAAAAUGCUAAUGAGGACUCCUGCUGGCAGCAUAAGAAUAUGGCUGCUAAUAGGAACAAUGGUACCCAUAAUGGAAGUGGUGUGAAAAAUUUUAAAGAGACUUGUGAGGCAGCUGAAGAGGUUCCUUUUUCAGUGGAUACUGUCCCUUCUGAUCAUGCAACAAUUCAUUGCAAUGGUUUAAGCAGUAGUCCUGUUAAAACAACAACAUCCAGCUCUUCUGUUUCCCACAUGUCAACCUCAAGUGUGGAUAUUACUAGCCUUUUUAGCCCAGUAUCCCUGAACUCUUUUCCUGUCCUGUCUAAAGAGAGCAGCCUAUCAGAUUCUCCUUCUUAUUGUGGCAGUACAGGUUCUCUUCCUGGGCUUGAUGAGGCAGUGGGUAGACCUGAACUGUCACAGAGUCCCCAAAGCCCAAUAACUAUGGGUAGACUAGAGUCCACUUCCAUCCCUCCCAUUGUACGAGCAAACUCUGAGCCAAUAUAUGCGGAGAGCACCAAGAAAAAGUCUAAACUGGGAAAUGUACCACGAACCAAUCCAGUGUCCCCAAACCAGACCACGCAGUCACAGUGCUCUGAGUUUGAACCAUCUGGAGAGAGUCAGCGUGCCACCAUCACUGUAAUGGCUGCUCACACAGAGGAGAACAACAGAACUUUCUACCUGUGCAGUCCAGAUUCUGGUGUCAGCACCCAGUGCAACUUUAGUCCCACAGCAUGCAAAAAUCCCAGUAGCCCAGCGUUUCGUUGGCCCAGCCUCAACCGUAGUGCACCUUGUCUAAGCAAAGAAGCUUCACUAUCCACCAACAUGUACCCUAAGCCCCAGUCUAGUCCGCCUAUUCCUCCAAAGAGAAGCUCUCGUUCCCUCAAACUGGGCAACUCCAGCCUCUCGCCAUCUCUGUCCUCUCCAGUCCCUCUUCCAGAAUUUCCCAAACUAGGUGCAUCUAGCCUCGCAACAUCCAUGUCAUCCCCUGUUCCACUCCCCGAACUCCCCGUGUUUUUCCUCGUCUCUUCGAGAGAAGGCCAAUUCAGUGUUCCCACAGACAACAACACGAGUGCAUCAUCUGAGCACUUCCACAAGCCCCUCCACCACAGCUCCAGCUGGAACUGUUGCAUUGAGGAAGAGGAGGAGGAGGAAGAAAAAGAGCGGAAAGGGAUUGAGAAGAAGAAGCUAGCUGCCAGCCCAGGGACAACCUCCAUUGUGACAGGCCUGGUCAAUGGUGCUGCUGUCUGGAAUGAGGCCAGUGACUGUAAUGCCCACAGAAGCCCCCCUCUGAUGACACAGCCAGGCACAGCCCCCCCAGCUGGCUCCAACAAUGGUGCCUGUCAGGGGGAAACUAAGGGCACCGGCGCAAAGGAGGAGGGCAAGCAUAACGGGAGCAUGCUGGCCAAGCAAUCGUUGCAUGGUGGCUCAUCAGAGAUGCUCGAAGCAGGGAAAGGGGCUGCCAAAAAUCACCUCAAUCCACCACCUCCCCCACCUAAGAAACUGCACAGAGUGAGCAGUAAGAAGAGUGGCAGUAGUGUGGAGUUGAACUGCUGCAGCCAACAAGGGUCUGUAGAGAGCCAAACAUCGUCCUUACGGAGUCUGGGCAGCACCAGCCUGCCGACAGCCUCCACCGACAACCUGGCAGCUGACUCUGGUUCUCGGGAUACAACACGGAUGUCUUGUUCACCUUUUCCCAGAAUUCCAGUGGCAUCAGCUCCUGGUUCUCCUCUCCCACCCUCCUUCAGCAGUUUGGGUAGCCAGCCACCUCCUCUCCCGGAGAAGAAGCUGGUCAACCGCACCGUGUCAGCUCCCGACAACGCAAACGGAAAACCUUUCGUCCGAGCCUAUCCACGCCUCACGUUCGCCGGCUCAGAGACUAACGUUUGUCGCUCUACCGAGGCCAGCUCCCGAACCAGUCUACCGCCCAGCCCUGUCGACCCACGGCCCAUUUUCUCCUCCAAUGAGUCCCUGGAGCGCUGUCACACCCCAAUGGGCCGACCUUCCAGGUCCCGGACUCUGGACGAGCCGCUCAAGACCACUCAGGGUCGUCUUGGCGUGCACUGCCGAACCAGCAUCACUGUCUCGUCUUCGCCUCAGCUCAGCGCGCCCUUUUCCACCCCUGAGCCGGGAUCGGCGCCAAAUGUGGGCUCCAGCCUGCAGCUCCAAACCCUUCUCAGUAACAUUGACAGUAGGGAAGGAGUGUACUCCAAAUUGGGCGGCCUGUACGCAGAGUCCCUGCGACGCUUAGCGCUGAAAUGCGAAGAUCACUUCACCCUCUCCCAGAAGAAUUCAUUUCGGUUCGACGAGAGCAACUGGUCUCUGUUCAGGCUCACGUCGAACAAGCCGAGCUGCAACGCAGGAGAUGCUGUGUACUACUCUGCUGCCUGCGCCUUAGACCCCAGCAACUCCUACGCUGUGAAGAUCUGUAAAAGUCCGUCCAUUGAUGCCAAGCAGGGUCAUCUGUACGGUCUGUCGGUGCAGCAGAGCAUCCCUCCCCACUUUAACCUCCAGCAGGACUGUGGUCACUUCCUGGCCUGUGUUCCUCAGAGCAUGCUCCCUUCAGACGAAGCCUCUCUGCCCUCUGCUUCAUCUGCGUCUGUCCUGCAGGCGGACCAGGAGAGAGUGGUGGUCAUCACCCCCGAGAUUCCUCACCAGACUACUUCUGACUUUGUUCGGGAGUGGGCAGUGGUCCAUAAAACUCAGCCGGAGGUGUACGAGCGCCGCGUGUGCUUCCUCCUGCUGCAGCUCUGCAACGGCCUGGAGCACCUGAAGGAGCACGGGGUCACGCACCGCGACCUGUGUCUAGAAAACCUGCUGUUGGUGCCACAUCAGCAGAGGCGCCAACAGGCCGCUGCUGAAAGCGGCGCGGCUGCUGGGGACGUGCAGCGCCACCUCCCCCGCCUCCUCAUCAGCAACUUUGCCAAGGCCAAGCGGCGCUCCUCAGAGGAUGCUACUUCGACAAGCGGGGACCCACGUAUCAAACGCGACCACGCCAGGCUGGCGCCCGAGAUCGUCUCGGCGGCCCAGUACCGCAAGUUUGAUGAGUUCCAGACAGGCAUCCUGAUCUACGAGCUCCUCCACCAGCCCAACCCGUUCGAGGUGAGUCCAGCGCUGAGGGAACAGGACUACCACUGCGAGGACUUACCUCCGGUCCCCUCGGUCUCGCUUUACUCUUCGGGCCUCCAGAAGCUCGCCCAGCUCCUCCUCCAGCCGGACCCCAUAAAGCGCAUCCAUAUUCAGGAGGCCAAGCGCAUACUUCAGAGUCUGCUUUGGGGCCCCAGGAGGGACCUGAUGGAGCAGCAGUGGGAGAGACACAGGAAAGGGGGAGGCCUUGUGGACAGCUCCCGAAACGAGAGCCUCCUCAAUUGGCUGGACGUGAAAAGAGCCCUGCUGAUGAUGAAGUUCGCCGAGCGCUCGCUGGAGCCAGAGAGGAACGCUGAGCUGGAGGACUGGCUGUGCUGUCAGUACUUCUCAUCGGCUCACCCCCUGUCUCUCUGCCAUACUGCUGAACUGCUCUACUCACUAAAGUGA